CCUCCUGAGGACAAGAGCCAUGUGGUUCAUCUCUGCAUCCUUCGUGUCCCCAACGCAGCAGUCCCCGCACUCAUUCUCCGGGAGGAACCAAGACCCAGGGAUCCAAGAGCUGCGGUAUUCGGGGUCCCCUCCAGCGAAAAGCAGGGAACCAUAGAGACGCGGCUUCCUAGAGAGCUGGGGAUGGGCAGGGUGGGUGUGGUGAGAGGCCGGAAGUUGUGGUACCGGGUACCCGCGGGUCCUCCAUUAUUCCGAGUCUCGGCUGCUGUCGCGUCCUGAUCUCGAGUCAUCUCCCAGCGUCCCGGCGCCUUGGCGACCGUCGCACGAGCCGGAGCCGCCUCGGGAGCUCCGGUGCUGAAUAAUAUUCCAUUGUCUGAAUGUGCCACCAUUUAGUCACCUGCCAAAGGACAUCUGGGACACUUCUAGGUGUUGGCAAUUACAAAUAAAUUACAGCGAACAUCCGUGUGCAGGUUUCUGUGAGGACAUUUGUUUUCAGCUCCUUCGAGUAAAUGCCAAGGGGUACAGCCGCUAAAGAAUGUGGUUAAGAAGCUGAGACUCGGAGAUGAGGUGACUUGUGCAGCAUCACACAGGACCAGCCAGGAUGCCCGUGGUUGGAGUACGAGGUCUCGUGGAUGACGUCCUCCGAGCACUGAAGGAGAAGUCGGGCAAGGAUUGAGGGGCCCGGGGAGGAGGCCCUCUUGCAUGACGACAAUGACAAGAGAAAACUGGGCCCCCAGUGCUCUGAGACAAGAGGGUCUCGUUAAAGGGAAGGAUGACGUCUGGAAAUGGGGAACCAGCUUCCAAGGGAGCAACUCCUCCGUGUGGGAGACCUCCCACCUGCACUUUAGACAGUUACGGUACCACGAGACGUCCGGGCCCCAGGAGGCGCUGAGCCGCCUGCGGGAGCUCUGCCGCCGGUGGCUGAGGCCGGAAGCGCGCACCAAGGCCCAGAUCCUGGAGCUGCUGGUGCUGGAGCAGUUCCUGAGCAUCCUGCCGGGGGAGAUUCGGACCUGGGUGCAGAUCCACCGGCCCGGGAGUGGCGAGGAGGCCGUGGCCCUGGUGGAGGAGCUGCAGAAAGACCUCGAGGGACCGGCCCUAAAAGUUCCAGUCCUCAUCCUGGACCAGGACCCUCCCCAGCGGGGCACGAGCAGUCCAGGAGCAGCACUUCCUCAGGCGCCCACUGGGGGCCGCACAGCAGCCGGAGUUUGCCCAGAUCCUCCUCCUGACCCAGCGGUGGUCAGCCCCCAGGAUCCUCCGCAUGAUGCUCCUGCCCCUGAAGCUUCUGCCCUUUUCCAGGAAGAGAACCCAAGAAACCAAUUAAUGGCACUCAUGCUCCUAACAGCCCAGCCCCAGGAGUUGGUGCUGUUUGAAGAGGUGUCUGUGUGCUUCACUGCAGAGGAGUGGGCGUGUCUGGGACCCAUCCAGAGGGCCUUGUACUGGGACGUGAUGCUGGAGAAUUAUGGAAGUGUGACCUCCCUGGAAUGGGAGACCAUGACUGAGGGUGACGAGGUGACAUCACAGCCAAGCGCAUCGCAGAGAGUAGACUCCCAGAAAGGAGCAUCGAAAAGACUUCAGGGCGGCAUUCCCCAGGUCCUCGAGUGUGAGAAAGAGUGCGGGUGGCCACUGUCGGCAAGUCGGUGGGAAAAGGGGUCGCGGGAACGAGACACACCGAAGAACGGCGUCCUCCGUGCCCGGGACAAGAGGAAAAGGACUCUGCCGGGGAAGCGAGGCCGAAAGGGGAAGGACCUCGGAGAAGACUUAACGUCAGGCUCAGCUCCCUCUGAAAGUCUAAUGGGUGCCGAAGCAAGGAAGUUUUAUAAAUGCGAUAUAUGUUGUAAACAUUUCAAUAAAAUCUCCCAUCUUAUAAACCACCGGAGAAUCCACACUGGCGAGAAACCUCAUAAGUGUAAGGAGUGUGGAAAAGGCUUUAUUCAGCGCUCAAGCCUGCUCAUGCACUUGCGGAACCACUCUGGGGAGAAGCCUUAUACGUGUAACGAAUGUGGGAAGGCCUUCUCCCAAAGCGCUUACCUUCUAAACCACCAGAGAAUCCACACCGGGGAGAAGCCGUACAAGUGCAAGGAGUGUGGGAAGGGCUUCUACAGGCACUCGGGCCUGAUCAUCCACCUGAGGCGCCACUCCGGAGAGAGACCUUACAAAUGCGACGAGUGUGGGAAAGUUUUCUCUCAGAACGCUUACCUCGUCGACCACCAGAGGCUCCACAAAGGCGAAGAGCCUUAUAAGUGUAACAAGUGUCAGAAAGCUUUUGUCCUGAAGAAGAGCCUCAUUCUGCACCAGAGAAUCCACUCCGGGGAAAAACCCUACAAGUGUGAUGAAUGUGGGAAAACCUUCGCCCAGACCGCGUACCUCGUGGACCACCAGCGACUCCACAGUGCAGAGAACCCAUACAAGUGUAAGGAAUGUGGGAAGGUGUUCAUUCGGAGCAAGAGCCUCCUUUUGCACCAGAGAGUACACACAGAAAAGAAGACCUUCGGUUGUAAAAAAUGCGGGAAGGUUUUCGGUUCUAAGUCAAGCCUCAUUGACCAUAAGAGGAUGCACAGCAGAGAGAAGCCCUACAAGUGCACCGACUGCGGGAAAGCCUUCACCCAGAGCGCUUACCUCUUUGACCACCAGAGACUCCACAACGGGGAGAAGCCCUACGAAUGCAAUGAAUGUGGGAAAGUUUUCAUUCUUAAAAAGAGCCUCAUUUUACAUCAGAGGUUCCACACUGGAGAGAACCUCUAUGAAUGUAAAGAUUGCGGCAAGGUCUUUGGUUCCAACAGAAACCUGAUUGACCACGAGAGACUCCACAACGGGGAGAAGCCCUAUGAAUGUCGCGAGUGUGGGAAAACCUUCAUUAUGAGCAAGAGUUUCAUGGUCCAUCAGAAACUCCAUACGCAGGAAAAAGCCUACAAAUGUGAGGACUGUGGGAAGGCUUUCAGUUACAAUUCCAGCCUGCUGGUGCAUCGGAGAAUCCACACCGGGGAGAAGCCCUUUGAGUGCCGUGAGUGUGGAAGAGCUUUCAGUUCCAACAGGAACCUCAUUGAGCAUAAGAGAAUCCACAGUGGCGAGAAGCCCUAUGAGUGUAACGAGUGUGGCAAAUGCUUCAUUCUGAAGAAAAGCCUCAUUGGACAUCAGAGGAUUCACACAAGGGAAAAAUCUUACAAGUGCAGCGACUGUGGGAAAGUCUUCAGUUACCGCUCAAACCUUAUAGCCCAUCAGAGAAUCCACACUGGCGAGAAGCCCUACGCGUGUAACGAGUGUGGGAAGGGCUUUACGUACAACAGAAAUCUUAUUGAACAUCAAAGAAUUCACAGUGGGGAGAAAACCUAUGAGUGCCAUAUAUGUAGAAAAGUCCUUACCUCUAGUAGAAAUCUUAUGGUACAUCAAAGAAUCCACACUGGAGAGAAACCUUAUAAAUGUAGUGAGUGUGGAAAAGACUUCAGUCAGAAUAAGAAUCUUGUCGUUCACCAGAGAAUGCACACUGGGGAAAAGCCAUAUGAGUGUGAGAAGUGUAGUAAAUCUUUCACGUCUAAGAGGAAUUUAGUUGGCCACCAGAGAAUCCACACAGGGGAGAAACCAUAUGGGUGUAAUGAUUGUAGUAAAGUUUUUAGGCAAAGAAAAAACCUUACUGUGCAUCAGAAAAUUCAUACAGUUGAAAAACUCUGUGAAUGUGAUGAGUCUGAAAAAGAAUUCAAUCAGACUUCAAACCUUCAUCUUCAACAAAAAGUCCAUGCUGUGGAAGAAUUCUCUUGGCCUCACAAUGCCAAUGAGCUGAGCCCAAGAUAGAGAUUCAGAAAAUCUAGUGUCAUAGGUAAAAGGGAAUACAAUUUCUGCCUAUUUAAGUAACUGCUGGAGAAAUGGCAGUUCUCAAUAGGAAGAAAUGUGAUUGCCUCUUUUAUAUUCAAGUAAGUUGCAUGUGGAAGAAAGUUAUUCUAGACUUUCAAGACUACAAAAACAAACCAAGUUCUAGUUGAAGGAUAUUCUGUUCCAAAUCAUUUGUUAGGACCUAGAAAGAGACCUUAGAGCAAUUGAGGACUGAAGAAAUUGGGUGUAUGGCUUAUUAAGAAGUAAUGAUAUUGUAAACGAUAGCAAAAAUAUCUUUGUAUUAAGAAGUGGAAGUUGUUUCUGAAAAUGUGUAUAGUACACAUUUUAAAGAUAGAAUCACUGCUGCAGAAAGUCUAAAUAGAUAGCAGAUUGAGACAUGUUGGACAUGGAGUUGGGUGAGCCAGAGUCUGGGGUUUAGCCCUGGCCAGGUAGCUCAGUUGGUUAGAGCAUCAUCCUGAUGUGCCAAGGUUGUGGGUUCAAUCCCUGGUCAGGGCACAUAUAAGAAUCAACCAGUGAAUGCAUAAAUAAUGGAAACAACAAAAAUCUCUGCCUCUGUCUCCCUUUUCCUCUGUCUUAAAAAAAAUCAAUUAAAAAAGAGGCUUUAUUUAAAAAAAAAAGAGUCUGUUGUUUGAGGAUAACUUCAGAAGAGCACUGGAUUUGGAAUCAGAAGACCAGGGUUUAGGUCCCGGCUCCUUCUCUUGCGAACUGUGUGUUGUUACUAAGUCAGCUUCAGCUUCUCUGUCAGUCAAACACUGACAUGAUGCCUACCUCACAGGGUUGUUAUGAGGAUUAAGUGAUCUUUGUGAAAUCAUUUUGUUGUCAGUGAAAUUGGAUAAAAGAGGUCUAAUCAAAGUCUAGAACGUGGCAUAAUGUAAUGUUUGUUCAGACUGUGAAACUCAAAAUGUAUCCACUUUGAUAGUAGGGGAAGUGUGGUGGGGCAGCUAACUGGAAUUGAGCACUCUUAAGAGGACUUUAAAAAUACAGCUUUAAAAAUGUUUAAGCGAACUCAUAGAUUAUAUGCCUAGUUUGUUUUUAUGUAACAACACUGGCUUACUGUGGGAAAACAGUAUGUACAGCCAUCAACACUGACACCAAGGCAAAGAGUUUCUUUCCAACCUUUGAAUUUGAAACCUAGUGGGUGUAGAGUGUCAGGUUGGAAGAACAGUCCUGUGUCACUUCCCUUGUUCAUGGGGAAAAGCCCUUACCUCCCCCACCCUUGAGCUGAUUAUCCCUGCCACUGUCAUUCGCAGUUCUGAUCACCACAUUGCCAUUGUCGUGGCUGACACGAGAUAGCGUGCGACUCCAGAAACAGCCUUCUGUCCCAGCUCUCAGCAGCGUGAGUUCUUCACGCAGCCGAGCCCUUCGGGCUCGCGUUAAACCCAUGCAGAACCCCCCUCUGGGCAGUCAGGCCCAUUAUUCCCUAAACCAGCCAUUCCUUCCGUCUUCCCUUUUGUACACCUGUGAAAUGAGUUCAGCCUGUAUUCUUGAGUUGGUAACUUGAUGUUGUGGUUCUCUUUUAUGUUGUACUUCUCCAAACUUCAGGUCUGCAGCCGGACUAUUAAUACCUGAACAUCAGGAUUGUGUUUUCUAACACCAGUAAGUGUGGAAGUGGUGUGUUGAUUGUAAUAAGUGUUAUUCCUUCAACCCCAGAGCUCCAUGAGGGCUGGUUCCUCAUCAGAAUGAAAGAUACCGAAGAGUGGAAACUGGCAGGAGCCCGAGGCUAAAAGUGUGGCCACCUGGCUAAGAGCCAAGCUGCAGCUUCCCCUGGACAAACGCCGUUAUUUCCUGGAGCCUGAGUCCCUUCCCUGUAAAUCAGGAGGGAGACCGUCUACCUCACCGAGUCGUUAGGAGGUACUGGGUGUGAAAACGCUUCACAUCCACGCUGCAGAAGGAAGAUCACCCCAGAUCACGUAAUGGGUACUAGAGGAAUCAUGGACUUGAACAAUGGAGAGAGCUAGUGUUUACCGCUUAACCAAUUAAAGUGCAACGGCAAUACCCUGAAUUCUGGGGCUCGGCUGGGUGUCGUUCUGCCAAGCAAAAGGCCGCUGGUUUGAUUCCCGUCGGGGCACCUGCCUGGGUUGCGGAUUUGGUCCCGGGGUCAGGGCAUGUGUGAGAGGCAGCUGAUCAAUGUUUCCCUCUCACAUGUAUGUCUGUCUUCCUUUCUCCUGCCCUUCCCCCCCCUAAAAAUCUUUUCUAGGAAAUGCAAUAUCACUAAGGCUGAAACCGCUCACAUACUGUACCUCCUCAUGUGAUGCAAUAAGUCAAAGGUACAACCUGAACUCAGGUUUCUUGGAUCCCAGCUUCCAGGAAACACAAGAGGCAGAAGAACAAGAUAAAUGACACCACGAGAUAAAAUUCAGAACAUGGGAUACAGGGAUACUGUAUACAAAAAACUGCAUUCUUCAAAAAGAUAUGAUGAUGGAAAGGGGAGGGGUGAUCAUCUUUGAAGCUUGAAUACUGAGAGUUCAUUGUACUGCUCUCUGCUUUUAUGUAUGUAUGAAAUGUAACAGUGGAAGGUAUACAGAGUGGAUGAGGAGGUUCUUUCUAAAAGGUACUAAAGAGCCAUAAGAUGCUAAGUCAGAAAUAGACGCACACGAAUGCCCAGUUGAUUUUUGACAAAGAUGCCAAAUGAAAUCGGUCAAGGAGGGCCUUCUCAGCAAAUGCUGCCGAAGCAAUUAGAUAUCCAUAGGCCAAAAAAUGAAAAAAUCGUGAACUAAGUCUAAGCAAAAAACUCAGAUUUGUAUAAAAAAAAACAUGUUCUAUAAAAGGAAAAAAUGAUAAAUUGGAUCUUACCAAAAUUAUUUGCUUUUCAAAAGACUCUUUUAGGAGGAUUUAAAGACAUUACAGAAGGGAAAGAAAUAUUUACAAAUCAUAUCUCCAUACAGGGUUUCUAUCUAGACUGUAUAAAGAAUUCUCCAAACUCAGUCAUAAAUAGAUUUAAUUAGAAAAUGAGCAAAAAAUCAGACAUUUCACCAAAGUAUAGAUGACAAGCAGAUGAAAAGAUGUUCAGCAUUAUUAGCCAUUAGGGAAAUGCAAGUUAAAAAUAACCACAGAAUAGCUUUUAAAAAAAGUGUGUUAACACCAAAUGCUGGCAAGGAUGUGGAGAAACUGGAUCUCUCAUUUGCCAGCAAUGUGAAAGGGCACGGCCAUUCUGGAAAAUAGUUUGGCCGUUUUCUUCCCAGUACUUACCCUCCUGAGCAUCACCCUCCAGAGAAAUGAAAACUUACAUUCACAUGAAAACCUGUACAUGACUGUUCAUAGCAAUUUUAUCCGUGGUUAAAAUUUGUAAGUAACCCAGAUAUCCUUCAGCAGGCAGUGGUAACACACUGGUAGAGCUGUACCAUGAACAUGUCCUGCUCUGCAAUAAACUGGGAUGCUCUGCCGUACCUCCGGUCCCUCAAGUGAAUCGCCAGAGAAUCACGCUGAGUGAGAAAUUCAAAAGGUCGAAUAUGAUUUCAUUUAUACAAUUUUCUAAAAUGACAAAACUAUGGAGGUAAAAAACCGUUGU